UAUAUAAAGACCCUCCGGAGCAUCGGUAUUCAUUAUGUUGUCUGCAUGCAGCCGCAUCAACCUACUCUCAGAUAGCAUACACAUUACACAAUGUCUGACGACAGCGCCGAUCGCAUUUUAAAGAAGCAAACAUAUGAUACUGUUACAGAUAUUGGGAAAAAUGAAAACAUAAGACAAGAUCUACUGACACCUUCUCGCGUGAAGAUAUACUUCGAAUCCCCUACUGAGAAUAGAAGAUGCACACACCGUAACGUGACAGUUGGGAUUCUUGCAACAUUUGCUUUAAUCGUCCUGGUAUCAUCUCUUGUUCUGCUAUUUACAUAUGUUGGAUGGAGCGAGGGACAGACAAACGCGAUCGCAUCGAAGAGGAAUGAGACGAACGGCCAUUCACUUAUCAAAAAUGUGUCAACCCUUCAUCGUCUUCGAGAGGAACUGGGUGAACAAGUAAAAUUUGAAAUGAAAUAUUUGGACUCAAGAAUGGACUUCUUCGAGACACAGUUCAUCAACGAGACAAUCCUAAUACAGCCAAAGACCGUACCACAGAUUCAGGCCGUCGUCAAAGCAGCCAACAGACUAGAGCUUAAGGUGCGAGUGAUUGGCUUAGCAGGAUCAUGGUCCCCUCUUUGGUCAGAAUAUGGCCAGAUACUAAUUGAUCUACAACAUUUGCAGAGACCAGCUGGAGACAGAAUGACAUUUCACCCUGCAGUCCAAGAAGAUGAAGAUGCGACUAUUUCCUCCGUCGCCAGUGCCUUAGUAUUUGAAUUGUACGACUUCAUGGAACGUCAUAAUGUCACGUGGCUCAGUGGAAUCGGUUAUAGUGGUGCUACCCUGGCGGGAUUAUUUUCCACAGCUUCACAUGGAGAAGGGAUUAAAGAAACAACAUUAAGUGAAUACCUAGUCGGUGUGAAACUAGUUGACAGCAACGGCCAACUCAGGUCCUACAAUAUACAUGAACAUUCGAAACAAAUGCAGGCGUUACAAUGCUGCCUUGGGAUGUGUGGUAUAUUCUACGAUGUGACAGUUAAGGUAUAUCCUGCUGCUGUUACUAGACAAAGGCACCGCUUUUGGCGCGUGAGAGACUACAUCCACAACCCAGAGAAUCUGAAUACGAUCUUGCGGGACAAUAUCGGCGUACGUAUGGGCUGGGCGCCCUAUUCCGGGGCAACGACCUCAGAAUGGAGAUACGCUGGAAUUCAUUCGAAACUUCCCAAAUCAUGGAGGACAGACAAUGAUCUCAUGUGGAUAAAGCUUACUGAUGAUUCUAAAGAGUACGAAGACUACACGUUAGAUCCUCCUUACGCUUACCCACCGCCAAGGAGAAAUAGUAGAGAUGUUAUCAAAAAUAUGACUUAUCAUGACACGACGCUCACUCGUGUUACUACAAACGCGGAGUCGGAAUCUGGAGCGAAUGCUACGAGCAAACCAAAUGCCACACCAGCUCCUCCUCCGAAACAUUGGCUUCAAGAUGCAGCUGCGGCUGCAAAGUCGGGAAUAGAGAAGUAUUUCAUUCGCAAAAAUGCAACUUAUCAUCGCUCUGCGUCUGCCCUGAAGUUGGGUAGUAUUGAGAGAAUACACAAGCCCAUAUAUGGCAUGGGCUUCAUUUCCCCGGAGAACGAGAACUUUACAAUGACUGACAAGAUGGCCAAGAUUGUAUUCUCUAUUAUUGAGGAAGAGAUGCACCAAAAAGGAGUCAUCUCUGUCAUAGAAGUAUUGUUCAGGUGGUUACGGACGAGUGACUCCAAGUGUUUUCUCUGCCCCAACAAUUACCCGACUUCCUAUGGCCCUUAUGUCGUCGUUACCGAGAUACUGGGGAUGCCGGGAUUUCCGUUUAACGAUUUUUCGAAAAAAUUCGCUCUUGAGACGAUGAGGGAAGUUCCAGACGCAAGACCUCAUUGGGCGAAAAUGUAUUCCAAAGUUCCGGGGAUCAUUCCACAUAUACGAAAAACAUAUCAUGACAACCUAGAACAAUUUAAAAGGGUACGUCAAAAUGAGCGAUGGGAUCCCAAUGAUAUGUUUACAAAUAAAUUGACAAGGGAUAUCAUGUAUGGCGAUAGAUGA